GUAGAAACUGUAGCUUUUUGCAGGAAAUGGAUGUCAUCCAGAAACAGGAUGAAAACUGUUACUGCUAUGUGCAAAACAGAACCAUUCACUUACAGUACGUUUGGUCGACUCUUCAGGUAAAAGUUAACAGCAGAGAAAUGUUCAGGUUUGAGCCUAUUUCAGAAAAAAGCAACUGUCGUAAUUCAGAAACUGUUUUUGAAUUUGCUGCAUGUGCUGUUCAAAUCUUAUGGAAACCAGAGGCAUCUACAGAAACUUUCAUAAGCAUAAAACAAUAUGGAGAGGAUAUUUGUUUCAAAAUACAGCCCUUCAAAACCGAACCGUACACUGUGAGUGUGAAACGAGAAAUGCUAGAUGGAAAACUCUUGUUUUUGUUUGUAGCUGGAAUUUUUCUGUUCCAUUUUGCAAACAGCCUGAGCAGGAGUACCAAGUUCUUCUACCUUUCUGGAAUAAUACUGGGUGUUCUUGCUCUGCUAGUCUUUGUCCUGUUGACACUUAAAAGGUUUAUUCCAAGGCACAGUACCUUCUGGAUCUUAAUGACUGGCUGCUGGAUGUCCUCUCUCUAUUUUAUUUACUGCUUCAAAGAGAAUAUGCAGUGGUUGUGGUCUGAACACAGAAACUACUUGUUGGGGUACUUUCUGGCUGUUGGAAUUACCAGCUUUGCCACUUGCUAUCAGCAUGGACCGCUUACCACUGAACUGAGCAUAACCUUGUUCACAUGGACACUACAAUUAACAGCCUUUGUCUUGAUUUAUUGUGGUGUUACCAUACCUCAAGUUGCGUAUGCAGUAAUAGCAGUCAGCCUCUGUUCAAAAGGCCUGUGUUACCCCCUUGGUGCUGCUUGUCACGUAGGCAGAAAAAUGAAGAACCACUUUAAAUCAAAAAAGUUAGUGUUUAAAUGCCUUACUGAAGAGGAGUAUCAAGAACAAGGUGAAAGAGAAACUAUCAGAGCUCUGGAGGAGCUACGCUCAUUCUGCAGGAACCCUGACUUCCCAUCAUGGUUAGCUGUAUCCAAACUCCAGUCCCCACGUAGGUUUGCAGGUUUUGUUCUGGGAUCUCCCCACGUCUCACCUGCAGAAACAAAGGCGCAUGAUGAGGAAUACGGCAUUGGGAGCUUCUUCCUAGAAGAUCAGCUCUUUGAGACAAGGGCAGAAUCUGAGCAAGAUGAUCCAGCCAGUUCCAUCAAUGGAGGAGAUGAGGAGGAUGAAGAUGAAAUGCAUAAACAAAUUUCAUUUCCAUAUGCUACUGAGUUGCUCUGA